AUGGAGUGGAAACAUAUGGAAAAUAGAAAAAAAAGGCCCAAAAAUUCUACCCAGCAUUCUUCAAUCACUAACCAAAAACCCCACAAAAAAGAACAAGAACAACAAGAAUCGUCUCAAGAUUCAGAGUUCAAAAAUCUAAUGUUAUGGUUAUCAUCCUUUUCAUCUUCAUCAAAUUCGUUGGUUGUAGAAGCAUCAGAUAUACCAUGCAUCUUACUGAUCGACAUCUUGGCAAGAAUACCCUUGGAAACCUUAUUUGAUUGCAGGUAUGUUUGCAAAUCAUGGCGUUCUGUACUCACCGAACCUUAUUUCUAUAGAUUGUAUUCUCACCACAUGCCUACAGCUUUGAUCCUUCAAAUUAAAGGCACCUUGUUUACUACUUUAAAAGAAAUUUCUUUAAUCGAGCAAAAAACAUGUGGUGAUGUUGCUAUUGAUAAUGGCGGUUUUCUUAUUCGUAAGAUGCGGCUUACAUUAAACCCUCAUAAACCUGCAAUAGAUCUUUGCAAUUUGGGGUUGAUACCACCGAAUUUCCAAUUUCAACUCGGAAAUGGGUGUAAUGGGUUGAUCUGUUUGAGGGAGAUUCAGACUCAAGAGCCGAGUUUGGUUUGGAAUCCAAUCAUGGGACAGUUUGUAAUUCUCCCAAAGCCCGCCACCACGGCUGAUGACAAGGUGGUGGCAGGUUUCGGGUUUUGUGGGCAUACCAACCGGUACAAAGUGCUCCGUAUCUUUCAUAAGGAAGGAGACCCAUCGUUGAAACGGCGGGUUGAGAUUUAUGAUCUUGGGGUCGGGCAAGAAUGGAGAGAAAUUGGGGAUGCCCCAUGUCUAAUCCUCCCAAGAUCUCCUUGCUUUUUCACCAAUAAUUCUCUACAUUGGAUUUUGGACUACUACCAUUGUAAAAAAAAUCAUCAGAAUAACAAUGAUAAUGCUCUCAAUAAUAUAAAUGAAGAUCAAGAUAAUAUUAGCUUAAAUUUUGAGCUAAUUUGCGGAUUCGACUUUGUGGAGGAGAAAUUCAAGUCAAUUACAGCACCACCAAUAUAUUCAUCAAACCACAAAUACAAGUACCAUUGGUCAAAUUUGGGGAUCAUUGGAAACUGCCUUUCGAUAAGUGCUGUUGAUGCUAAGAUAUUCAGGCCUGACCUUCAAAUUUGGGUGAUGGAGGAAUAUGGCAUGCCAGAAGCAUGGGCUCUAAGGUUCUCUAUUCUAGACCCCAUAAUUGAGUGGUGGGACCCGUACAAGUGGGUUCAGGUGACUAAUUUUCAUAGAAACGGGGAGAUACUAAUGUUGUUUGCGCAUUAUUAUGUAUUUUCCUAUAAUGUCCGGGAAAGGCAAUAUCGAAAAGUUGGGGCGCUCGACUUCCCUGUCAUUGCUCAUGUGCCUAGCUUUACCUCCUUGGAGGAUGUCUUGAGUAAGAAACAUGGGACUGGUUCACUAAAUGUGAGAUAUCUAUAG